UUAUUUUUUGGUUUGCCUCAAAUUUUCAGUACCAUCCCGUCCCAUGUUCAGUGCAGAAGACACUUUCUUUCUCUCAAUGUCAUCUUCUUGAAAAAGUUACCUUUUAGGCUCUUUUGCCCAUCUGGAUUUUAAGUUUUAACCAAAACCAAAAUUGUUUUCUUGUGUCCAAAAAAGCAAAAAUAAGUGAAAGCAAGAGAAAAAUCCAACCAAGUUUCCGAAAAAUUUUGCUAUCCAAAUUUGGGUAAUGCCACUAAAAAAUUUGGGUUAUGCUGCAUGGAGAAUAGUAUUUAUUUUGUGAUUUUGCAUAAAAUGCCAAAGCCUUUAUUAUAUCAGUUUUACAGUCCUUUUCUCUUCUGGGUUGGAAGCAAAAUCCCCUUUUUUCCAUCUUCUCCGCAGCACAUGGAAGUCCUAGAUUAGAACUCUUUGUUUCAUUCUAGGAACUAAAAGUGAAAAACGCUCUUUUCCCAUCUCGGAUUUGGGUGGACCGAUGCCUGCUGAAGGUGUCCAACAAUGGCGAAUCUUGUCCCGGGUGUCCUUCUGAAGCUUCUACAGCACAUGAAUACCGAUGUCAAAGUUGCAGGCGAGCAUAGGUCUUCUCUAUUGCAAGUUGUGAGCAUUGUUCCAGCACUUGCCGGUGGUGAGCUUUUUCCAAACCAAGGUUUUUACCUCAAGGUUUCAGAUUCUUCUCAUGCCACCUAUGUUUCUCUCCCUGAUGAACAUGACGAUCUCAUUCUUAGUGAUAAGAUCCAAUUGGGUCAAUUCAUUCAUGUCGAACGCCUCGAAUCCGCCUCGCCGGUGCCCAUUCUUCGCGGGGUUAGGCCGGUUCCUGGACGGCACCCCUGUGUGGGAAGCCCAGAAGACAUUGUAGCAACUCACUCUCUUGGUUUUCUGAACAACAAUUUGUCUCCGGGUUCAAAAACUGGAGAGAAAGUGAAAUCGGAUUCCAAAGUAUUGGGCAAUUGUCAAGUUGGGGAGAAGGACAAAUUUGGGCCGCUGAGAUUGAAUGGCAGCCUUAAGGAGGAGGACAAAGUGGACAAGAAAAUGUCUUCUUUAAGUAGAACAAAGUCUCAGCUCUCAAAGCAGGCAUUGACUUUAGAUGUGAAGAAGGAGUCUUUGAGCAGAUUGAAAUCACUGAAUUCGCGGUCGAUCCCUUCUUCUCCAACUAGCUGCUAUUCCUUGCCAACUUCUUUUGAGAAAUUUGCAAAUGGUAUAAAGCAGCAGGCAAAGGUUAAGGGAGCAUCUAAGGUGGGAGUGGUGGAGAAUGGGAGUUCUGUUCGCUCGGCUAGUCCCGGUUCGAAGAAAGUAGCUGCAAACCCAAUCAGGAAUUUGGUUCAGGGGAUCGAGAUGGGGGCCAAGGCUUUGAGGAAGAGCUGGGAAGGAAAUAUGGAUGUCAAGAGUAAAGAAACAUCGAAAUUGAGGGCCGCUAAACAUGAUCCCAAGCCUGAUAUUCGCGCUUCUACUCCUAGAAAAAGUACAUCAAGUGAGAGGUUACCAUCUAAAGAAGAAAACAAGUUCCGGAUAUCUGCAAAGUCUUCUAAAGAGGAGAAUAAGGUUCAGAUAUCUUCAAAGAAAGUUACUGUAAAUGGAACCAUGAAUGAUCAAGACAGGUCCAACAAGCAAAGAAUAUCUGUUGGAAAGAAAUCAUCAGGUGACCUAGUCAAUUCUGGAGUCCCUGGAAACUUGGUCAAGGUUCCUUUAAAUAAUAAAAAACUGACAGAGGGAAGUGUUUCAUGGGCUUCACUCCCAUCAUCACUUGCAAAGCUUGGAAAGCAAGUUAUCAAGCACAGAGAUGCUGCUCAGACAGCAGCAAUAGAGGCUGUUCAGGAGGCUUCUGCUGCAGAGAGCUUGCUUCGAUGUUUAAGCAUAUAUUCUGAGUUAACUACCUCUGCCAAGGAAGAUAACCCACAGCCUGCAGUAGAGCAGUUUUUGAGCCUCCAUUCUAACUUGAACAAUGCUCGUUCAAUUGCUGAUUCGUUAUCUAAAACUAUGCCAACUUAUUCAUCUCCAGAUCAUGAACAGAACCCUUCAGAAGAAACACUAAAGAUCACAUCAGACAGACGGAGACAGGCAGCCUCUUGGGUGCAAGCUGCACUAGCCACUAAUUUAUCAUCAUUCUCUGUAUUUAGUAAAGAUCUUUCUUCCACAUUGGCUCCUUCUUUGGCUUCCUCUCAAAACCAGAAGAUUGUCUCUGCAAAUCAACCCAUAUUAGUUCUAGAAAACUCAAUGAAGAAUGCCUCAAAAGCCCAGGGGAAAAUCCGACAGUCAGUUGGCUCCAAGCUUACUGCUCCAGGAACUCCUCGUCGGCUAGGGGAUGGAUCAGCCAUCAGCCAAAAGCUGCAGGCUCAACCUCCACCUGAGUGGAUUAGAGGAAAUGGCCUUGAUGAGGCUGUUGACUUGGCUGAAAUGCUGAGACUGCAGUCGCAGGAUUGGUUUUUGGGAUUUGUUGAGAGGUUCUUGGAUGCUGAUGUGGACACCUCUGCUUUGUCAGAUAAUGGUCAAAUAGCUGGGAUGUUGACUCAGCUGAAGAGUGUGAAUGACUGGUUGGAUGACAUUGGUUCAAGUAAAGAUGAAGGAGAAUCACCAAAUGUAUCAGCAGAAACUAUUGACAGGCUGAGGAAGAAAAUAUACGAAUAUCUUCUCACACAUGUCGAGUCUGCUGCAGCUGCACUUGGUGGUGGAUCCCAAUCAUCGCCGCAGAUACGAACAAUGGAGAUGAAAGUAAGGAAGUGAUUUGGUUAUCUUGUAGUCCAAUGGUGAAUUGCAAUUGUCACAAUAGGAGACCAUGAAUGUAAAGAAGUCAAAGUAGUCUUCGAUGUGUGAUAUCCAGUGGCUGCACAUGAAUAAUGGAGCUGUGCCCGUCACUGCCACUCGGUCCCAGGUCGUCAAUGUGUUAAUUUAUGUACAUAAAAUUUAUAUGGGGUUUGAGGUAUAGAUGGAGUGGUCAAAUUAUUGGAUGUCAAAAAAAAAAAAAAGAUUUGAAAUUCUAGAAUUUGUUUAUGGGAGGGAUUUGUUUGAAGUUAAAUACUAAAAUCAUACAGACAAAACAAUUUGGAAAGUGGAUAUGUUUCUUAUAUCAUUAAUGCAAUGGUGCAAUUAUAGUUUUCUUA